AUGAAGUUGCUUUGGAAGGUCGUGUACCUCCUUGCGCCAGUGAGCGGACAGGUGUGUCAACUGCUGACAGAGGCAAACAAGACGCUGCAAGACAGUAUUGGAUUUGAGUGCGAAGUUUCUGGAAGUUACUGCAACUGCUCGACCUCCCUUGUGAAGGGAGAGCAAUGGCUAUUGGUGAAUGCAGCGAUGAAUUCGAGCAUGUUUUACAGCGCCAAGCCAGGACAGUGGUACCUCAUGGACAGCAGCGGACGCUGUGUCGCCGCCUUUGGGCCCUUGGGGACGCCCAGUUUGCAGACUUGUCCUCCAGGUUUCUAUUGCUUGGGUGGCCUGGAAGCUCCAAGGAGCUGCAACAACGGCGACCACUGUCCGCCGGGCACAGGCGAUGGGCCCCGUGCUUGUCCCAAGAACUAUUUCUGUCCUAUCCCAGCUGCAGACGUUCAGCCCUGUCCUGCUGGUGGCCACUGUCCGGGAGGCACCACCAGACCGCAGGCAUGCGCAGCUGGCCACUACUGUCGAUUUGGAGACGAGGGUACGUGCCCACAGGGUCACUUUUGCCCUUUCGGCACAGAGAUUCCUCGGAAGUGCAACGUCUUCGCAAGUUGUCCAGAAGGCAGCAAGUCUCCCGAUCGAUGGUUUUUCUCACUGUUGAUUUUGGCCGCCGUAGUGGGCUUUGCAGUUCUUGGGUCCUUGUACUACUCCAAAAUCGUGGACUACGGCUUUGGACUCUGUGCUUUGACCGCAACAGCUGUGGGCCUUAUGUGGUUAGUGGACGAGGCAAUUGCUCUCUUCCUGUCCUUGGCCUUCGUCUCGGUAGCGGCCAAUUGGGCCCUGCUGAUGAUGGGCCAAGUAAGUCCCGCGGUCGCUUCUGGCCUCGUGGCUGUCACUGGCUGUGUGGCAGUGUUGCUUUUAUGGCUGGUUCAUCCUCCGUGGGCGGCAUUCAUGGCAGGUCUGUUGAUUUGCUGCUCCAUUGCGUAUUUGAUGUCUCGUCAGGAUUUUUGCUCAGUGAUCAUUGGCAGAAUUUCAAUGCUUGCUUUCUUCUUGUUCUUGAUCUUCGAAUAUUCACAGAUCGACCCGGCUUUCACCAUUGCCUUUGGGGUGCUGUUCGUUUGCCUCUUCUUGGGCAUCAUUGUGUCGUAUGCAAUGGAACGACGGCGGCAGGCCUUGCCAUUCCUGACACGCUGGCGCUUUCAGGCACGUGGCGAGAUGGGUCUCUUUGAAAGUGAGGAGCACGGUGUUGCCCCAGCCUUGGAGGUGAGCACCAUUUCGCCAGAGGAUCCUCAAGAUGCGCAACGACACUCGACACGACGAGAGAGUGGGCACCGGAGGGACUCCUUCGUUGGCGUGUCCUUUGGCUUGGAGGAUGUGGCCUUCGCACUUCCAGAUGGCAAGAAGUUGCUGAAGGAUGUGUCCUUCGGCAUCGCAGCUGGGCAGAGGGUUGCUGUCAUGGGACCCUCUGGCAGCGGAAAGACAACCCUCCUGGGUGUUUUGAGUGGUCGUGCAUCUUAUGGCCGUGUCACUGGACAGCUCACCGUAGGUGGCAGGUCCGCAGAUGAUAUGAGGUGUCUUCGACCAGUGACAGGUUUCGUUCCACAGGAUGACGUCCUCCAUGGUGAACUCACAGUGAAAGAAAACUUGAAUUACCAGGCAAUGUUGCGACUCCCCGCGGAUUUCUCGAAGGAGGAGGUGGCCGAAUGUGUUGUUUCAGUUGCACGAGACUUGAACCUCUACAAUUUGCUUGAGGCACGUGUGGGCACACCAGAGAAGCGCGGCGUCUCUGGUGGUCAACGGAAGCGUGUCUCCAUUGGGAUGGAGUUGGUGGCACAACCCUUGUUGCUUUUUGCUGACGAGCCAACCAGCGGCUUGGAUAGCACCACUUCUCACGAGGUGGUUCGCUGCCUCAACGGAGCUGCCGCACGGUUGGGGUCAACAGUGGUGGCAGUGAUCCACCAGCCACGCUACGAUACGUUGCAACUCUUCGAUGACCUGAUUUUGUUGGCUGUCGGCGGUUUCGUGGCAUAUGCUGGGCCAACAGAGGGUGCAGUAGAUCACUUCCAAUCGAAGUUGCACGUGAGGUUUAGCAACAACAGCAACCCAGCAGAUGUGCUGUUGGACGCGAUUGCUUCACCAGAAGAUCAGGAGGCGUGCAUUGGUGUGUGGAAAUCCACGGCCAUUUUUCAGGCAAAGAUUGAGCAAACGCCCUUGCCGCCGAGUGCAUUUCAUCGGGAACGGCAGCCCUUUUUCAGAGCAGUGCUCAUCUACAUGGAUCGAUGCAUUCUGCAAACCAUCAGGGCGUCCGUAACCUUGGCCAUCAACUACAGCCUUUGCGCUGUGGCGGUCCUACUACUCUGCCUCAUCUUGACCUACGAGAGACUGGAUCAGUUUGAGAUGCAAGCUGCUUUGGCCUCCCUCUUCCUCAUGCUGUUGCAGGGAGUGGCGGCACAGCAAAUCUUUGGCGGUGACCUUCUGAUCACCUGGCGAGAAGCAAGGGUUGGAAUGCCAAUGAUCGCCUACUUUGUGGCCAAAGACUUGGCAGCAUACAUUGAGGUGACAUUGUCUUCAGCGGUUUUCGCCGCAGCCUAUGGCUAUGCAAGUGGUUGUCAGAUCCCUUUGCAUCAGCUCUUUGCCGGCGCUUGGGCCUUCGUUUUUGCCGUCUUUGGCUUGAACUACAUCUUCAGCAUCAUCCUGUCUCCAGGAGCCGCACAGAUGAGUGCAGUUGUGACGUCCUUCCUGUCCUUCUGCACUGCUGGCGUUUACCAGCCUCAGCUCAGUGAGAUGGCAGCCAUGUUUGAUGGAAGAGGUUGGAUGGUACCAGCUCUGAGUCCCAUCCGGUGGCUUUGGGGCUACUACCUCACUGCUGAGAUGCCGGGAUUGACACCCUUGACCAGAAACGGCGCAGCUAGCGCCAUGCGAAGCAAGGGCUACGACCUCGCCUACCUUUCCAGCUGCAAAAAUUCCCUGGCCGGAAUGCAGGAGGGCUCCAUUGAGACCCUUCAACAGGCUUGGAUACAGAAUCGAGGAUGGGUUUGUUCCCCGGCGCCUCUACUGCUGCUGGGCAUUCUCUUCCGCUUUCUUGCAGGCUGCUGUUUGCUCCUGUACGUUAGUGCGCAAACGAGUGGUUGGGCGCGCUUCUUUGCACAGUCUGAAAUGGGCGCAUGGAAGUUCGCUGGUCACUUCUUCAUGCUUCUGGUAGGUUCAUGUUUGAUUAUCUUUCUUUUUGCAGAGGUAUGGGUCUUCGGAAGCGAACAGCUCCACUUUGUCGUCCACGAUCCUUUUGAAAGAGAGUGA